CCAUGGAAGUACGGCGUGUUUUUGAGCUUCAGAGGCGAAGACACCCGUAAGGGCUUCACAGAUUACUUGUAUGACAAGUUGCGGUGGCGAGGAAUCAGGACUUUCAGGGAUGAUCCACACCUUGAAAGAGGCACAACAAUCUCUCCAGAACUCCUCACUGCAAUCGAGCAAUCCAGGUUUGCGAUCAUUGUUCUCUCGCCAAACUAUGCUACUUCCACUUGGUGCUUGCUUGAACUGUCCAAGAUUCUUGAAUGCAUGGAGGAGAGGGGGUCUAUUCUGCCAAUAUUUUAUGAGGUGGAACCCUCUGAUGUGAGACAUCAAAGGGGAAGCUUUGCUGAAGCGUUUGAAGAACACGAAGAGAAGUUUGGAGAAGGAAAUAAGGAGGUGGAAGGGUGGAGAGAUGCUUUAACCAAAGUGGCCAAUCUUGCUGGGUGGAGUUCAAAGGAUUAUAGGUAUGAGACAGAGCUUAUCAAAGAGAUUGUGCAAGUACUGUGGAGCAGAGUGCAUCCUAGUCUCACUGUAUUGUGUUCCUCAGAGACGUUGGUUGGAAUGGAUACUAAGCUGGAGGAAAUAGAUGUUCUUUUAGAUAAAGAAGCAAAUGAUGUUCGCUUUAUAGGGAUAUGGGGGAUGGGUGGUCUUGGUAAGACAACCCUUGCUCGACUAGUUUAUGAGAAAAUCUCUCAUCAAUUUGAAGUUUGCAUCUUUCUUGCUAAUGUCAGAGAGGUUUCCGCAACCCAUGGUCUAGUUUAUCUACAGAAACAGAUUCUUUCCCAGAUGUUGAAGGAAGAAAAUGUUCAAGUAUGGAACGUUUAUAGUGGAAUCACUAUGAUAAAGAGAUGUUUUUGUAAUAAAGCUAUUCUUCUAGUACUUGAUGAUGUGGAUCAACUAGAGCAACUGGAAAACUUGGUGGGAGAAAAAGACAGCUUUGGUUUGAGAAGUAGAAUCAUCAUUACAACUAGAGAUCGGCAAGUACUAGUCACACAUGAUAUAGAAGAACCAUAUGAGUUGAAGACACUGAACGAAAAUGAAGGUCUUAAGCUCUUUAGUUGGAAAGCCUUCAGGAAAGAUGAGCCUGAUCAAGAUUAUGCAGAACAGUCCAAGAGUUUUGUUAGGUAUGCUGGAGGUCUUCCCUUAGCUCUUAAAACUUUGGGGUCUUUCUUGUAUAAAAGAAGUGCACAUUCAUGGAGUUCUGCACUGCAAAAACUACAACAAACUCCCAACCGAACAGUUUUUGAAAUACUGAAAAUAAGUUUUGAUGGACUUGAUGAGAUGGAGAAGAAAAUUUUUCUGGACAUUGCUUGUUUUCGCAGGCUGUAUGAACUUGCAUACAGCUCUGAGUUUUGCACUCGUAUUACAAUAGAUGUUCUUGUUGAGAAAUCUCUCUUAACUAUUUCAUCAUACAAUGAAAUAGGUAUACAUGAUUCGAUACGAGAUAUGGGAUGUGAAAUUGUUUGCCAAGAGUCUUAUGAAGAGCCUGGUGGACGCAGUCGGUUGUGGCUUCGCAACGACAUUUUUCAUGUAUUCACAAAGAAUACGGGAACAGAAGCCAUUGAAGGCAUAUUGUUACGCUUGGCUGAAUUAGAAGAGGCAGAUUGGAAUCUUGAGGCCUUCUCUAAAAUGCAUAAACUGAAGCUGCUCUACAUUGAUAAUUUAUUGCUUUCUCUUGGCCCCAAAUAUCUUCCUAAUGACUUGAUAUUUCUGAAUUGGAGUUGGUAUCCUUCAAAAUCUCUCCCACCAGGUUUUCAGCCGGAUGAACUUACGGAACUUAGUUUGGUUCGUAGCAACAUUGAUCACCUCUGGAAUGGAAUAAAAUACUUGAGCAAGUUAAUUGGGUUUGCUGAAGUUUCCUUCGGAUGUUUUUCAGAUCACCUUGUGUUAGCUAUUUUCCCCAAAUGCCGUCUAAAGGACACAUGCAAUGAGGUGAAGUUUGUCUUUGAAAUCUUUUCAUCGGGAAGCAACGAAGGUGUAGCAAAGGUGAAGCAAUGUGGGUCCUGUGCAGUGUACGAGCACGACAUGGAAGAGGUGAUCAGUAGAAUGAACCAAUACAAGUGCAACAUUUCUCUUUACGAGGCUACGGAUGAACAAGAAGGUGCCAUGGUUAAGGCAACACAAAAGGCAACAACAAGCAGAAGCGGUGGCUCCGACGACGAAUAUUACUCUGCAGAAGAAUGA